GUGCUUUGAAAUUUUAGUGUCAAUUAUCGUUUUUAUGACUGAAAGUAUAAAUAUUUUGAAACCAAUUAUAUUGAUCUAGUGAUAUUAAUUAAUUACAUGAUUUAAAUAUAUGUGUAGAAUGACGUUAAUGCUAACAUAAUGCGAGUGUUUACAAAAACUGUUUUUGAUUACCUUUACGAAAUUUAAAUGUACCAAAUAAAUUGUAACACUGUAUUGUCACCAAAUUAGUAGUGCCCUCGAUAAUGUGUCCAAAAACACUUUAAGUUAAAGUAAAUACAUUGUUAUAACCAUUACAAAAACGCCGGUCGUAAAAAAUAAAAAUGAGUUCCCCCGAAAAGGACAUAGAGUUGAGCCCAGUAAAAAGUGACUCUAACCCAAGUGGCCCAACGCUCCCGGAGAAGCUAAAUAUGCCCAUAGAUGACGAGGAAGAUGUUAUCAUCGGACGGUUUAGAAAAAUAAGUUCUGCCAAGUCUAUGGCAGCCACAAAUGGCCAGAUACAGUAUCCCUCUGAUGUAACAGUGAGGUUGGAUGGUGAUUCGGAGUCAGGAUUGCAGUUUAAGAAGGAGUCUGGUGAGAAGGACAAGCUGCUAGAGCCGAACAAUGGUGUGGUAAUGCAGAGGAAGGUUCCGGUCACCAAGAGCAGUUUCAGAGAUAUGGAGAAGCCAUCUCGAUUCAGAAACCAGCAGUCGGCUACCAGAUUCCAGAUGCAGGGCAAGUCCGAGGAUGAAGCGACGGAGGAAUCUAACGAAUCAGGGAUGGAGAGCGACGAUCCACUCACAGCGUCUGACACCAAAUACGGGAAAAGCUUCAGACAUUUCACUCGAGAAGCGUUGCCCAGGCUGGACAACUACAGAAAUGUGUUGUCGCUGCACGCCGCGCCUCGACCCACAUUGGAUGAACUGCAUAAUGCCUCUCUAUCUAGGAAGCCAGGUCAGACCAUGGAGAAAGACGCCGAGGGCCCGACUCUGCCCAGCCUCAACAUGAAGUUCGGCUGGAUCAAGGGCGUGCUGAUGCGAUGUCUGCUCAACAUUUGGGGCGUGAUGCUCUUCCUCCGACUCUCCUGGGUGGUUGGACAAGCUGGCGUGGCGCAGUCAAUCCUACUCAUCAUGACGACAUCAGUGGUGACUACCAUCACAGCUCUCUCCAUGUCUGCGAUAAGCACAAAUGGCGUCAUCAAAGGAGGUGGAACGUACUACAUGAUAUCCCGCUCGCUUGGCCCCGAAUUCGGCGGCAGUAUCGGCCUAAUAUUCUCAAUGGCGAACGCCGUCGCUUGCGCUAUGUAUGUCGUCGGCUUUGGCGAGUCCCUCAUAACGCUCAUACCAGAGUCCGCGUAUAUGGUCAGCAAGGCCUGGGACCAAACAAUCUACGGCUGCAUCACCAUAGUCCUUCUCACAGGCAUCGUCAUGGUAGGCAUGGAGUGGGAAGCGAAAGCCCAAAUAGUACUACUGUUUAUACUCCUAGCUGCCAUCGCGAACUUCCUGAUCGGGUCCAUUAUAGGUCCGCAAGACGAUGUUGAAAUUGCACAGGGUUUCGUUGGAUAUAACAUGACAGUAUUGAAAAGCAACAUGGGGCCGGAUUACCGGUUCUACGAAGGCGUAGAUCAUUCGUUUUUCUCCGUGUUUUCCAUAUUUUUCCCCGCGGCUACUGGGAUUCUUGCUGGUGCCAAUAUUUCUGGCGAUCUUAAGGACCCACAAAAAUCAAUUCCAAAAGGCACAAUCCUUGCCAUACUGCUGACUACCCUCUCCUACUUGUUGAUCGCUGUUAUUGUGGGCUGGACCGUGCUUCGUGAAGCCACAGGGUCGAUUGAUGAUGUGGCAAACUGGACAAUGGGAGACUGCGCUAAUAGGAGCUGCGAAUAUGGACUGCACCACAGUAAUGAUGUGAUACGUCUAGUAUCAGGUUUCGGACCUCUGAUAUACGCGGGAUGUUUCGCAGCCACUCUGUCUUCGGCGUUAGCUUCUCUGGUCUCCGCUCCUAAAGUAUUCCAGGCAUUAUGUCAAGACAAGUUGUACCCGUACCUGGAGUUCUUCGCCAAGGGCUACGGCAAGAACAACGAGCCCGUGCGAGGAUACGUGCUCACCUUCCUUAUCGCCUUCGCGUUCAUUCUUAUGGGUGGAUUAAACCAGAUCGCCCCCCUGAUUUCGAACUUCUUCCUAGCUGCGUAUACUUUGAUCAACUUCUCUACAUUCCAUGCGAGUCUCGCCAGGCCCGUCGGGUGGAGACCUACUUUUAGAUUGUACAACAUGUGGCUAUCUCUUCUCGGCGCGGUGCUGUGUCUAGCGAUCAUGUUCGUGAUCUCAUGGAUCACGGCGCUGGUCACAUUCGCUUGCUUGCUCGCGCUGUAUCUGCUCGUGUCAUACAGGAAACCAGAUGUGAACUGGGGCUCGACAACGCAAGCACAGACGUACAAGGCGGCGCUGUCUGGCGCGCACCAACUUAACCGCGUCACUGAACACGUCAAGAACUACAGGCCACAAAUACUGGUGCUGACUGGUUUCCCUGGCGAGAGGCCAAUCCUGACUGACUUCACCUAUCUCCUGACUAAGGGCUUAUCGCUGAUGCUUUGCGGCCAUAUUGUUCCUAACCAAGUAAGCCACCGAGCACGCGAGGCGUUGUCGAACCGGGCUUACCACUGGUUCAACAAGCGGAAGAUCAAAGCCUUCUACAGUCUCGUUGACGAUGUCAGCUUCAAAGAUGGCGCUAGUGCGCUUAUACAGACGAGUGGCCUCGGAAAGCUGAAGCCAAACAUCCUGAUGAUGGGAUUCAAAGAGAACUGGCUGGACUGCGAUCGUUCAGAAAUCGUUGACUACGUGGAAGUUAUGCACAAAGCUUUGGAUGUACACAUGGCGAUAGCAAUCCUGCGGGUCGAAGGCGGGCAGUACACGAGCGAGGCACUCGACGAUGACUUGCAAGCUUACCUACACGAUAUGAGUGCGAAAGACCUCACUACGUUGACGCGAUCCAUGGGCGACAACGGUAAGGAGUCCAAGUCUACUGAGAGCUUGAACACGCAUUCGAGAGGGAGCAGUAUGUCCGACGUAUCGCUGGGCUCUCCGCAACUACGCCGUGCGGCCGUCUCUGCCGACCCCAAUGCCGCCGCCAACAAGCCCGCUAGCAACGAAAAAAAGGAGAGGAGCGGCGGCGGCGGUGUAGCCGGAGCGGUACGUCGUGCUUUGGGCGGCGCGGCCGCUCGCCGAGCCUCAUCCUUCACAUCGGUAGAGCACUUCACCAAGCGCCAGGCCGGCUCUGUCGACGUGUGGUGGCUGUACGACGACGGAGGUUUAACUCUCCUGUUACCAUACAUCCUGUCAACGCGCCGCGCCUGGUCAUCAUGCCCGCUACGCGUAUUCACACUCGCUAAUAAGAAUACUGAGAUGGAACUCGAAGAGAGGAACAUGGCAUCUCUCCUAUCGAAGUUCCGCAUAGACUACUCCGCCCUGAAAAUGGUUUCUGACAUUACGAAGAAGCCUAAAGACUCCACUUUGGCGUAUUUUGAACGACUCAUCGCACCUUUCCGAACUACAGAAGACUCCAACGAUGCUUUAGGCAUAACCGACGCGGACCUCCUAGCCGCGCGAGAGCGUACCCACCGCCAUCUCCGUCUACGAGAACUCAUCUCAACACAAUCCUGUGGAGCGCGGCUCGUCUGUGUAACACUCCCCAUGCCAAGAAGGAGGAACGUCAUACCACCAGCCUUGUACCUGGCUUGGUUGCAUGCUAUAGCGACAUCUGUGGACAGAGUACUGUUGUUGCGAGGGAAUCACUCCGCUGUGCUGACGUUUUACUCAUAAGAAACGUAUGAAAAUAGUAUUAAGGUUAGUUUCCCCAACUGUUUCUUUCGAAAUGCUUCAACAUUGUAACAAUAGACUUGUCUGUGUACCCAUGCCUCGGAGAAGAAACGUUAUACCACCCGCUUUGUAUCUGGCCUGGUUGCAUGCUAUAGCGACAUCUGUGGACAGAGUGUUGUUGAGAGGGAAUCAUUCCGCUGUGCUGACGUUUUACUCUUAAAUAUGUGAAAAGUAUUAAGGUCAGUUUUUUGUUUCUUUAGAAAUACUUCAACAUUGUAGAGAUCGACUUGUCUGUGUAACACUACCCAUGCCUCAAAGGAGGAAUGUCAUUCCACCCGCUUUGUACCUGGCCUGGUUGCAUGCUAUAGCGACAUCUGUCGACAGAGUAUUGUUGCUGCGAGGGAAUCACUCCGCUGUGCUGACGUUUUACUCUUAAGUAUGUGAAAAGUGUUAAGGUCAGUUUCCUAAUAGGUUCUUUAGAAAUAAUUCAACACCUUAGCUAUAGACUUGUCUGUGUACCCAUGUCUCUUGGAAGGAACGUUAUACCACCAGCUUUGUGCCUGGCCUGCCUACAUGCUAUAGCGACAUCUGUGGACAGAGUACUGUUAUUGAGAGGAAACCAUUCCGCUGUUCUGACCUUUUACUCGUAAGGAUCGUGCUACAAUAGUCGGUUAGUUUUUUUACCUGUUUCUUUCGAAAUAAUUUAACUCUGUAGUGAUAAACUUGUCUGUGUAAUGCCAAGAAGCCUGGAUAAGAUAAAGGUCAUAGUGGCAUCCAAGGAUAGAGCUGCCGCGAGGAAGUUACCUGGCGGUAUCAAUAAUUUACUUCUAAAUUUGACCGUGUGUUGUAACGUCGAGCGCUCUUCAUACUUGGCUGGGUGUAUUUAAAUACCUUAUUGAUCGUUACAUUAGAGUAAAAUUAUUUAUGAAUGCGAAGCGUACCGCCUAAGUGAAUACCACCGGCCUAAUAGCUUGCGAAAGAUACGCUUGAACUGAGUAUGAAAUGAUCACUAGUUUGAAUUUAAUAAAUAAAUAACCAAAGUUAAACCAUUACAUACACUAUGUUAAAAAUAUCGAAUGACCUGAUAUUAUGUCGAUUCCCAACUAGCUAUCUGUAUUAUUUUUAGACUUAUUCUCCUAGACCAAGUUAUAUUGCAAUGUUUGUGGACGAGAACGUUGCCAUGACAAGAAAACAAAACGAAUAACCGGUUUUCAUUUUUGUCAUGCAUUUUAUCAACUUUUUUACGAAAUAGGUCACAAUUUUAAGAUGGUGACUAUAAAGAUACAUAAGAAGGACAAUGAUUCUUAUGAACGUAAUUUUUAUUUGAAUCUCUAUAGUUAUAAUUUAUAACUUAUAAAAUAUGGCUUUUUAUUCCAAAUGCAUGCUGACAAGGCGGUUAGCAUACUGCUCCGCAAACCGGAGCAGCGUCCUAUGCUGAGGGUUUUAGUUGCUUGUAUUAAGUAUGUGCAAAAAUAGCAUGGUAUAAACAUUGACUCCGUCUGUCCGCGCGCAAUAGCGAAUCGCCGUGAUAAUUGUUAUUGUUUUAAAGUAAAAUCAUGUAGCUGAAAUAACUGAAAGACAACCUUUAGCUUUAUUUUAUUAUUUCCUGAAAGUACAAAGUGGCUAUAUUGUAAAAACUAAGCGAAAUAUGAAUCGCAUUGAAUAUGAGAAUUGCUAUUAGAUCUGAGCCUUUAAUCUGACAGCUUUAACUGUAAUAUUCCACUAUUAUUUAAAGAUAUUUUGUAUAAUCGUAGGUAUAUUGUAAACUAUACCAGUGAGUGCCUGUUGUAACUUCUACAGUGAUACAGUAAUUUAUUGGUAAAAGAUAAAAUAUACAUUUACAAAUUAUUAAUUUCAUUUCUUAAAUACUAUUUACAUUCAUAUUAAAAUACCUGUAAUCAUUAUAUUCAUUAUAACACAUUAUACAUUGAUACAAUUAGACAUUAGGUACACAUUAACAUUCAAUAGGUAAAAAUUUAAGUAAUGUAGUUACAUUGCUGGGUCAAUAGCGCAGCGUUCAUCUAAAAAUGCAUUAAUAUUAUAAUACGCCUUAUCUAACAGGUACAACUUAAGUUUCUUUUUAAAUAUUGUGUGUUCUGAGUACUGAAUAUAUUUUAUACGAAAUGUACACAAGCUUUUACGAUAUACACAAAUUAGAUAUAAGGUUUGGGAUGUAUUUUUGUAACACGGAUAUUUUAACCGUCAUUUUUUUUAGUUUUUGAAUUUGGGUGUGCGUGUGUUUACAGAAAAUAAAAGUUGGCAAAUAUUCCAAUUGUAUGGAAAAACAGAUUGAUAAUACCUAUCAAGUUAGGCGAGCGAUGUAAUUAAUGUAAUAUUGUUUAUGAUUAAUUAUUAUGUAUAAGUAGUUUUUUUUUGAAGUUACCAAGUUGGCUAUGUACACAGCUGUAUGGCCUGACGGCUGCGGUACACCUAGAAAUUAUUUUGUACCAUCGGCAACUCUGUUAGCUGUACACUUGUAAUCGUUAUUACAAGGACAUAAAGUCUACCGAUGGUUAGUUAAGAGUGUAGCUGUUUGUACCUAGCCCAAAUACCUUGUAUACAGUUAUAAUUUUUGCAAUAUAUGCUGCGUAGCAGUUAGACUUAGUUUUAUUUUCUCUAAUUUUCGUUAUUAUUUAUUUUUUUAUCAUUUAUUUUGAAGCACAUAGCGCUUUUAUUUGUUUAUUGUGUUGUUUUUAUUUAUUAAUUUGCUUAGCACAUUUAAUGUACCUUUGAAUUGUUAUUUUUUAACCGUAGAGUAAGACCGCUCGUAAUUUAUUUUAGUAUAAAAUAUACAUUGUCAUCAGUUUUAUGAUUAAAUGACUUGAGACCA